CCAUUCCUUACAGGUAACUGUACCAUGUGACCGCCUGAGCCAUAAAAAGCAGGGCAACCUGUCUCAAGCAGACACUAGUCAAGAUCAACGUGCUGGAGGAGACAGAGGAGGUGCAGAACAGCACUGUAAGCAGCUGCAGACACACAGACACCAACCAGAGUCAGAGAGCCAACAGCACCACAUGCACACAGGAACCCUCAAAGAUCUCUGCCACAUCCUACCUGUACACUUCCUUGAGACUUCAGACAGAAAGACUUACCUUUCAGAAGACGAACUUCAAGACCACGGCCCGCUCUGGCGCUGGGUGACAGGAGACGCUUGGCUGUUUGUGGUAACGCUUUCAACACCAGCUCACCAUGAGCUGCAGCAGCGUGGAGGGCUCCGAGUUCUCGGAGGAGGAGCUGGAGCUCGGUGCGCUGGGGCCAGAAGACGACGACGACGACGAUGACGACGAGUGCAGCGACGGCAAGGAGCCCUACAGCGAGGGGUCGGCCAGCGGCCUGGAGGACCCCGGGGACGGGCCGUCCAAGAAGCGCAGCCGGCCCGUCCGCUCCAAGGCCCGGCGCGUGGCCGCCAACGUGCGGGAGCGCAAGCGCAUCAUGGACUACAACCAGGCAUUCAACGCGCUGCGCGUGGUGCUCAACCACGACCUGAGCGGGAAGCGCCUGUCCAAGAUCGCCACCCUGCAGCGGGCCAUCAACCGCAUCUCGGCGCUCUCCGUGUUCCUCAGCUCCCACCCCGCCGGUGAACCCACGGGGUCGCAGAAGGGCUGCAGCCACCGCGAGUGCAGCAGGUGGCCGGGGGGGGGGGGGCCCACGGGGAUGAGAGCCGCGUCCCGGCUGGAGCUGCCCCGGGCGGCGGCGGCGGCCCCUCACACCGAGUCCCAGGCCUACGUCCCCUGGCCUGCGUCCCACCUCCCCCACCAGAUGCAGUCGCAGCAGGCCGCUCACGUCCACAGGUUGCCCGGCGAGGCGCACCUCUUCAUGGACACCGCGGGCACGUCCUGCCCGCCCUCGCCGCAUUACCCGUGCUACCCAAGCGACGGAGGACAGCUCUACGCCUCGCACGGACACUGCGGCAGCCCCGCCGAACACCCGCCCAGCCCGCUGAGGUACCCUCAGGGGGGCGAUGGGUUGGGGUACCCGCCGGCGGUAUGGGCGUCCUGCGCCCAGGGCUACAUGGAUAGUUUUGUGGAGCCCUCCCCGCCGUUGGGGCUGCCGUGGCAGGUGAACUACCUGCAGGAGCCCAGGGCCCAGCACAGCCUAUCCCUGCUCUGACACCCAGGACUUGAGGAGGAGGAGGAGGAGGCUGUGUCCGCCAAUGUUCACCGGCGGACUGCAUCGAAAAAAACAACAACACAGUUUGAUUGGUCUCAGGGAAGACAUUGACACUGACGUGAACAUUUUAUUUCUGUUGCUUAUCAAUUUCAGUAUUAUUGUUACAGAGUUGGGAUCUCCGCAGAGUUCAGAGUAAAAUCUCAAUGUUGUGUCACACUAUGAAGUGUACAGGAUUGAGAUUGUUGUAACUAUUGUAAAGAAUUCACCCUUGAACUGUAAACUGUGUGUGUCACAACUGUGUUCUUAAGUUAUAGUUUGCCAACAUUCAUAUUGGUUUUUUUCAUUUGGCAAAUAAAAGAAAAGGUGUGAUGGAUUACUUUCAGGACUAAUCUUGUAUGUUCUAAUAGAAAUCCUUCUAUGAUGCAUAGUGAUUAUUUUUACUAUAGUACAUAUAGGAGGGUUGACACUUUAGUCAGUGUGUCUGAAGCACUUGAAAAAGCAUGAAAAAUACGACUAUGGAUAGUAGCCAACUGCAGCGUAACUAUUUACAUUUGACAUUGAAAUACAUGACUUUCUGUGUUGAACACAUUUACCUCUCAGGUCUGGAAGCAUUGAAAGAAACUAAUGACAGGCUAAUAAUGCAUAGCAAGAUGAUGGUUAACCUCUUAGUGAUGCCUUAAACGAAAGAAUUCAUGUUAAGGAAUGUAUUUUAUUGCUGCAUACGUCAAAUAAUGACAUAACCAUGCUUUUGUGUCAUUAUUUUUAAAUGCCAAACAUUAAAUAUGACAAAAAUAUGA